UCCCCCUGACCCUGAGCGAGGGAGACAAGCAGGUCUCUCGAGUCUUGUGUCUUCAUACUUACAAUUAAAGCCUUUCUUUCUCUAUUGAUUUUGAUUUCCAGAAAGUAGCUUUGCCUCCAAAUUUUAGAAUUCUCAAUCUUGUAAUCUGAAUCACACAUUCGAUUUCACUCUGAACCUGGCCCUGAAAGUAAUCGUGUCUUCAUCACUUGUUAAAACCCUCGAAAUUCCUCAGACUGUUCAAGCGCUUCUGUUUUGAACAUCCGCAUGGAUCUUCCUCGAGAUAUAGAUCUUUAUCUCAAAGAAUCCAUCGACGACUCCUUGGGUCUUCCGGUUUCGUUGCGGACUUUAGAGUCGAAGCUUCGAGCCUCCGAAGAGUCACAACGGCUCCUACGCCAGCAGCGCCUUUCUUUACUCUCCAAAUUAAAGGAGAAAGAUCAAAUGAUUGACCGCGUUAAGUCUGAAGCGACAAUGAACGCCCAAGCUCUGAAGAAGUUCGUUGAGGAGAAUCAGAAAUUGGCUUCCGAGUGUGCGACUCUGUUGAGUCAAUGUCAUAAAUGGGAUAGAGAAUGCUCGCUUUAUGAUCGCGACAGGGAAGCGUUGAUGGAAUUUGGAAACGAAGCUGAUGAACGGGCAAAGGAGGCAGAGUUCCGCGCACAACAGUUGGAAGAGGAGUUGGGAAAGUUAUUGGAAGAAUUGCAGUACUACAAGCAUGAGUACAAUGUGCGAUCGAUUUUGCCUGACAGAUUUUUUUUUUUUUUUUUUGCCCUUAAGGAUGGUGCAUCUUCUAAUAGCACAGAAGUGGAAGAGAAUUUACUUGACGCCCUUUUGUCAGUGGUUACAAAUAAAGAUGGUGCUUCUGCAUAUACGUUCUUGGAGGCAAACAGCGGAAAUGAAGCUUGCAAGAAGUUGUUAACAAUGUGGAACUGCCUAAAGCCAUCAACGCGGAAAGUUUUGUCCCUUGUUGCUGAGGUGAAGUCACUCGAGAAAGAUAAGGAGCAUUUGAGGAUUAACCUUGACAGAGCUGAGGAGGAGGUCAAAUUACUUUCCGAUGAAAAUAACAUAUUGAACAAGGAGAACAAAAGGCUACUGAAGCUAAAGGAAAGGAACCAUCUUGGUUCUGGUGGGAAACAUAGUAGCAGUGCAUCUGCCACGUCAAACAAGAGAAAGUCUAGUCCCAAGACAAGCAGCCCAAUUGAGAGAAAGAUUGAUUUUGAGGAUAUGGAUACGGCAAGAACACCUUUGUCACCGUUACAAACUAACUCUCCUGACUCUAGAAUGCAUAAGAAGUGAUGUUACUUGUGUAUUAUUGACAGGCCUUAUUGUUUCUUCGGGCUAAAAAAAAAAAUCUGAUAAUGUUUCCGAUUACUGAUGGAGUUCAUAAACGCGUAUUUCUUGUAAGAAUGUCGUUGAUCAUUCUUCUACGAAAUAGUAAUAUUCUUGACAUUUGUAUUUGAACAGUA